AUGACGCUUCAAUCUCCAUCCCAAGAUCCUCCGUUUGAAAGUUCAAGGCCGUCGACACCCAAUCAAGAUGGCGCGGAGCAUUUCGAUCCCGAGCAGAUGAACAGCCCCCAGCGCGAAUUCCUAGAACUGUUGAUCGACUGCGGCCUCGAGACGCCAGGAAACCUCGGCGAGAUCUUCAGCAUGAAUGAAUUCAAUCCUGACAACGAAUGGAAUCCCGAAGACAACGCGGAUCCUGACAGCGAGAUCAAUCCUGACAGCGGGAAUUUCGAAGUCGGCAAUCCUGAAGAUGGCUAUCCUGCUGACGGUUAUCAUGGAUACAACCCCUAUUCAGACGACGCUUGUCACGUCAAGCAGAACGUCGAACAGAACGUCGAGCAGAAUUCAAUUGUCUUCAUUCCGUUCAGGCUCGCGGAUAUCCAGUCGCUCAUCGAGGCAAAGACCACGAUCGGAGAAUCGCAAGCUUUCUAUCCGGGAGAGCAGUUUUGUCUUCCCCCGCAAGAAUAUGAUUUCGAGUCGGAUCUGCCCGUCCUCCCACCGUUUCCAUUUGCUCCGUAUCCUCCUAAGAUUAUGGGACCGAUGGAGCAACAGGAACCUCAAUCGGUGUCGCACGAUUCGAGUAUUCCGCAGGAAAAUCACGAAUCAACCUCGGAAGAAUACAAUGCAUCACUCCACCACCUUCCGCAGGUGCCAUCAAAGAGGACUUCGGGAUGGUCAAGCUAG